AUGGACGCAUCUAAAUUCAAUUCACAAGAAUCACAACAAUUAAAUCAACUAAUUGAAAAGAAACAAAUGAAAGAUUUUUUAAAAUUAUAUUCAGGAUUAGUUGAAAGAUGUUUUAUGAAUUGUUGUAAUGAUUUUACUUCUAGAUCUUUAUCUACAAAAGAAGAAACUUGUGUAAAUAAUUGUACAGAUAAGUUUUUAAAACAUUCAGAAAGAGUUGGAGCAAGGUUUUCAGAACAUAAUGCAGAAAUGAUGGAAAAACAACAACAAAUGAAAUAG